UUCUCCUCAGAAAGUUCUCCCACCACAGGCCCUGGCAGUUCUAGCACCGUUUCUGACAGGUCUGAAUCCCCUCUAUCUUCAGAAAGUUCUCCCACCACAGGCCCUGGCAGUUCUAGCACCAUUUCUAAAGUUCUCCCACCACAGGCCCUGGGAGUGCUAGCACCGUUUCUGACAGGGCAGUGCUAUAAUGGGGCCACUUGGAACGGAGAAGAUUGUAUCUGCCCUAAAGGCUACUCUGGUUACCAGUGCGAAUCCCUCUUGGAAUACCUCUUCCUAGAAAGCCCAGAAAAAAUCAAUGCCACUGUAGACCUGAGGGUGACAGUGACUAACAAGAAUUUCACAAAAGAGCUAAAUAACAUGUCCUCCCAUGAAUACCGGGAUUUCACUCAAAAGUUCAAGACUCAGAUGGAUAAAGCUUACAAGGGCAAUGACUUUCCCCAGUACAAAGGUGUGAUCAUUAGGAGACUGCUCAAUGGCAGUGUCGUGGUGGAACAUGAAGUCGUCAUGGAGGCAAACUUCACACUAAAGUUUCAGGAACUGUUUGAAAACCUCACCAAGAUCAUAAACCUCAAGCUUACAAAUGAGACCAGAAGGCUAAGCAGUGAUUCUCAAGAGUGCAAAGAGGUCAUGGAUCUGUGCUUUGACAAGAUCAUCUUCGUUAACGAGACGGUGAAGCUCGGCUUUGACCUGCAAGAGCAAUGCACCCAGAAGGUGGCCAAGGACUUUGCCCAAUACUACUAUGUGGAUGAACUGGAUGGGAAGCUUGCCUGUGUGACCAAAUGUACCACGGGGACAAAGUCGCAAAUGAACUGUAACCAAGGCACAUGCCAGCUGCAGCAAAGCGGGCCCCGCUGCCUAUGCCCGACCUCCAAGACCCACUGGUACUGGGGAGAAAGCUGUGAACUCAGCACCAGCAAGAGCCUGGUGUUCGGGAUCGUGGGGGCCGUGGCGGUGCUGCUCGUGAUCGCGGUGCUGUUCCUGACCGUCUUCCUCGGCCGAUCCCAGAAAAAACUGCGCAGGCAGGAAUACAAUUUCUCUCGAGAGUGGCAAGGAGAAGAUGUCCCUGCCGGUUUCCAGAACACAGGCAUCUGGGAAGGCCAGAAUCUGAAGGGGGACAAGUUUGGCCUUGAAAACACUUACCAACACUUCCAGCCCUCCCUGGAGAAUGUGGAUCCCACCACAGAGCUCCACAUUCAGAGGCCCAAGGUGGUGACAACUGCUCAGUGAUGGGGGACAUGGACUCCCACCCCUCAGCCAGAUCUGGACGACCAGGCAGUGGCAGAGUCCUCCACAGGCGGAAACAGACGUCAGGGCCCAAGGAGGUCCUGCUCAGGGCUGGUGGACUUGCCUGGCUCCCGCUGCUGCGAGCCCCCUCUGCUGCCUUGCACUCCUUCUGGGGCCCUCAAGGCUGCCCAGAUACCUCAGCAUCUUGUUUGCUCCGC